ACAAAAAUGAAACUCACAAGAUUAAAAAAAGAAAAGAAUCAAAAAGAAAGUUAAAAAUAACGAUGAGAAAAAACGAUCGAACGUACAACGUGUUUGAUUGUCUCGAAGAAACUGAAAGCCAAAGUCUAAAGGCAGGUGCGACAUUCGCUUUAGACGACACUCUGGGACCUAUCUCAAGCUUGCAUUACAUGUCGGUAUACACAUAAAUAUGCGUAGUAUCGUUUUACAUCAACGUAUUAGAUCUAUAUAUAUAUAUACAUUGAGAUUUGUAUAUGUAUUAACGAGAGAAAGAGAGAGUUACGUCGUAUAACCAGUACCCCACCAUUUUCUUCUUCAAUAUCAUCGUCGUCUUCGUAGUAGCCAUUAAGAGUUUUCACGAAGAAGACGAGGUCACAAUGGAUUCGUUUCACUUUCACUUUACUCGUCCGUCAUCAUCUCACAUAUCUUCUUCACGUACUUCCGUGUGUUCAUAUAUCCUAAGGAUAUUUAUAUACACGGUGCAAGUGCCUUCCAGCACCAUAAUCCGGUCUUGUCCUCGUCGUGACUUGUAGGUGACGUAACUCAUAUAUAGAAGUCAGGAAAGUAAAUCCAGCAGACGUUAUUCGUCUUCGAGAAGGAACGAAUCUUUCUAAUAAGAAUAACUUGGUGUACCAUAUUAUAAGAUGCACAAAUUAUUAAGAAUCGCAAUCUUAGUAAUCCUUCUGGUAAGAUGGAAAACAUACGCUGAAGUUUAUGAGGGAACGAUGAUGACGAUAAACGACAGGACACUGUUCAUAAGAAGUCUUCCUGGUUAUCCUGGAAGUAGAAGCAACCUGUACGAAGUUUACAUGGAACCAUAUUACUUUGUAAUUGGAUUGAAAGCAGUGGUUGAGAUGAAAGCUCUUGGAAAAGAUGGAUCACCAAUAAAUGGUCCUAGAGGUAGUUUAACACUGGAACAACAAGCAGAUGGGGUCAGGAUAACUGGAACUAUAACAGGAUUGAGUCCUGGUUUACAUGGAUUUCAUGUUCACGAAAAGGGUGAUCUUAGAAAAGGAUGUGAUUCGGCUGGACCUCAUUUUAACCCAUACAUGGUAAAUCAUGGAGCACCAAAUGAUCCGUUGAGACAUGUCGGUGAUUUGGGUAACGUCGAGGUUGGUCUUGAUGGAAUAGCUCGUAUCGAUGGUAUGGAUCGUUACUUGAGUUUGGUUGGAGUACGUGGUGCCGUUGGAAGGGCUUUGGUGAUACACGCAAAACCCGAUGAUUUUGGUAGAGGAGGAACCGAAGAAAGUAUUAAAACUGGAUCAUCCGGAGCACGAUUGGCUUGUGGAAUUAUUGGAUUUUUAUAAAUGUACAUAUAUUUUUGUAUAUUUGUUUGUUUGUUUGUUUGUUUUUUUUUUUUUUUUUUUUUAUCCUGUCUAUAAUCUCGAGUUAAUUUUAUUUUCGUAUCGAUAACAUCUUGUAAUCGUAUCUUACGACUCGAGCUCAAUGAACCGACUUGAAUGUGAAGAAAAACAACGAAUGUGAAAGGAUUAGGUUUCUAAUAUGGCAUACCCUAGAGGCAUACGACCAAUCCUUUAAUUUAACAAGCAAUUGUAAUAUUUCAUUAACUAAUGUUCCCUUUCUAACGUAAACUGCUCUUUUUUGUAUUACAUCAAUUAUUUUGAUACAAAUAAAACGAUCAUUUUUUAAACUUACUAAAUGAACA